CGCGCCGACGCCCACUUCUCCGCGGGUCUGGGGCUGCUUUGCCUCCCGCCUCCCCGGGGAUGCGCGCGGGCCGGCUAGCAGAAGAGGGUUGGUGCGGCGAGAGCCCCCCGUCCCAUGGACCCGCUGAGACCGAGCAGGGGAUGGUAAACUGAGACUGGGGAGUGCGGGCGCGGGCCGAGGGAGCCAGCGGGUGCUGGGCUGACGGGAUCCAUGAUGAUGUAUUGACUCUCUCCAAGGAUGCGGGAGGGGUGCUCGGCUCACUGACCUCGUGAAAACAGAAGGUCUGCACCCGUUGCUCGUAGUGCUCAGACCCUGAGACUCCCAGCCACCGCUCUACCUGCCAGCUUCACCAUGGCCACCCAGAAUGGAAACACCGGUUUUGCACCCAACUUCAAUUCCUCCCAAGACCAUGCUUCCUCCCUCCCCUUCAACUUCAGUUAUGGUGAUUAUGACCUCCCUCUGGAUGAGGAUGAGGACAUGACCAAGACUCGGACCUUCUUCGCAGCCAAGAUCGUCAUCGGUGUGGCACUGGCAGGUAUCAUGCUGGUUUGCGGCAUUGGCAACUUUGUCUUUAUUGCUGCUCUUGUCCGCUAUAAGAAGCUGCGCAACCUCACCAACCUGCUCAUCGCUAACCUGGCCAUCUCUGACUUUCUGGUGGCCAUCGUCUGCUGCCCCUUUGAGAUGGACUACUACGUGGUGCGCCAGCUGUCCUGGGAGCAUGGCCACGUGCUCUGUGCCUCUGUCAAUUACCUGCGUACUGUGUCCCUCUACGUCUCCACCAACGCCCUGCUGGCCAUCGCUAUUGACAGGUAUCUCGCUAUCGUUCACCCCUUGAAACCACGGAUGAAUUAUCAAACGGCCUCCAUCCUGAUCGCUUUGGUCUGGAUGGUGUCCAUUCUCAUCGCCAUCCCAUCCGCCUACUUCGCAACAGAAACGGUCCUCUUUAUCGUCAAAAACCAGGAAAAGAUCUUCUGUGGCCAGAUCUGGCCAGUGGACCAGGAGCUCUACUACAAGUCCUACUUCCUCUUCAUCUUCGGCAUCGAGUUCGUGGGCCCGGUGGUCACCAUGACCCUGUGCUACGCCCGGAUCUCCCGGGAACUCUGGUUCAAGGCCGUCCCUGGUUUCCAGACGGAGCAGAUCCGGAAGCGGCUGCGCUGCCGCCGGAAGACGGUGCUGGUGCUCAUGUGUAUCCUCACCGCCUACGUGCUGUGCUGGGCGCCCUUCUACGGCUUCACCAUCGUGCGCGACUUCUUCCCCACCGUGUUCGUCAAGGAGAAGCACUACCUCACGGCCUUCUACGUCGUGGAGUGCAUCGCCAUGAGCAACAGCAUGAUCAACACCGUGUGCUUCGUGACCGUCAAGAACAACACCAUGAAGUACUUCAAGAAGAUGAUGCUGCUCCACUGGCGUCCCUCGCACCACGGGAGCAAGUCCAGCGCCGAACUCGACCUCAAAACCAGCGGCAUGCCGGCCACAGAAGAGGUGGACUGCAUCAGGCUGAAGUGACCCUCUGGUGUUUCUUAAUUGAAAAUCCACAAGGCCGUCCUGAGAGGAAAAUGUACCCAUCACCGCGUUCACAGGCCGCACGGGGAAAGGGCAGCUGUGUCCCUUCCUCACCCCGCUCAAGUUUCUGGAGCCUUCUCAGUCGUCACAAGCAAUGAGACCAUAUGCCAACCACAGCAGCUGACCUUUACUGACAUCUGCUCAGCGCCUACUGUAUGCACAACACCACCCGUGAGGUUACACAAGUAACGGCAACUGCCGUGCACCUGUACCGAGUGCUAGCCACAUCGGUGAGACUGGACAAGGGCCACAGGCGCUGACAUUUAUUAAUUACUGACUGGGAGCAGAAGUAUUUAAAGAACAAAACUAAAUGGCAGAAUGGCCAGACAGAGGCUUCACAUGGUCAUCUGAACUGACUUUCCAUCUUCCCUUAUUCUGUAUCCCAUCACUGCGGGAAGGUCAAAAGGCAGUAAAAAAAUAAGGCACUCAGACAUGAUGGACAUGUAAAAAUAAGUUUGUCAGAGUAUGGGCUUUACAGCCUCAUGAGAAGACAGUUCAUGCCAUCACAUUGAGUUUUCCCACUCAGGUCCUACUACUUCCCUAGCACUUUCUCUAGGAUUCUGGCAGCCAGAAAAGAAUAUUCUCAUAGUCAGGCUAUUGGUUAUCUACAGGGGUAUAAUUUCAAAGUAAAGAACCAAACAAUCUUUUCCAGUGAUGCUUGAAAGCUCAUUAUUCUUUUGGGUGAAGACAAAUAAUCCUGAAAUGAAGAACACAGCCAGUUCCUGACACCUUAGUUUAAAGUAUUAAAGGGACCUUGGUGUCAGGGAGGAAGGGGACAGAGAAAGACGUGGAGCUUGCUACUGGCAAUGAACAUAAACUGCGUGGCUGUUUUGUUAAGGUCUGGACCACUUUUCUAGAACAAAUCCUCUUUUACAAAAUGAACUCUACUUGGAAUCCAAAGGCCUGGAUUCAAGUCCUAACUCAAACACUCAUAUGACCUGGAUGUUUACUCUCUCUGAGUCUCAGUUUUGCUUCAAUGAAAUCAGGAUAAUGAAAAUACUUGUACUGUCUACCUUUUAGGACUGUUGGGAGAGCCCACUGAGGUCAUACUUUGUGUGUUUCAACUAUAUGAGUGAUAAGAAUGGAUAAGUGAUAUUUAAAGUUUGUUUGGACAAGGGAAACUUCCUCCACUGUGGCUUAUAAUGGAGAAACAUUCCCACAUUUUCAUCUCUAUUUGGACCAGAGACCCCUGAAUUCUUACAGUGUAGCCCAUAUACAUUGGGGCAAAAAAGGAAUCCCUGUCCUGGGUUAUAAUCUGUAAGAUUCAACCUCAGAGUGUCAGUGACCCCCAUGCUUUCAGCAUCCCUGUUGUCCUAGAAGUGUUGACAAUCUUCCCUGCAUGUUGCAGACCCCAGGGCCUCAUCAUCUGUUUAUAUUAUUGUACAUCUGUGGUGAUUGUAUUUGUCCUAAUUUCUUCCUGAUUCAUUUUGAAGCAAAGACUAUAUAAAUGGUACCUGGUUUGGAAUUCAGCCAUCCACAUUUGGACUAUUUUUUUUUAAGAGAAAGCGUUAUUUAGUUCUUUGCUUGUGGUUGUUUUUUGUUUGUUUGUUUGGUUUGGUUUUUUUUUUAAGUAACUUUUGGGUUGUUUACUCAACAGUGAAGUUUCAAUCAACAUUUUCUUCCAUCACCACCCGGCAGACACUUUGAAGCCCAGUCACUGUACUCUCAGAAAAUAUUAGCCUAAGCCAAAUGGUUUGUAAAUUCUGAUUUUACAAAAUUACACAAUGCAUUCUAAAAUCAAGUAAGUAAGUAUUGGGGGUUAUCUGCAUUUUUAGGAUUAUAAUAACUAUUUUUAUUUAUUACCACCUUCUUGACUCUUCUCCUAAUAACAUUCUUAAAGAGUAGACUGUGUACCAGUUGUGUCUAUCAAAAGAACUCACCCCCUUUUUCCCUUUGAUCCUGAAAUGUACUAUCCUCUCUUCACUUAAAUGUAACCUGAAAUAAUGUUUGUAUAUAUGAGUGUGUAUUUAUGAUUUUCCAGUGCUAGGUUGUUAUUAAAUGAAAUAUUAACAUAAGGAAUCUUACCAGAGUGUUAGAGCAUUGUCCCCACCAAUCUUUUAUAUAUGUUAGUAUAUUUAGAUAUACGAGGUGUGACAAUUAAGUUCACGAACUUGUUGCAAUGAUGUUGUUAACCUUUUCUGACAUCAGAGGGAUCAUUCAUUAUGAAUUUGUACCAACUGGACAAACAGUUAACCAAG